AUGCAGAUAACGAGACCGCGCGCCAUCCUGCUGGCCGUGAGCAUCCUGCUGCUGGGCACCUUCAUCCUCACGCGGCGCGGCGCCGGCGCGUCGUCGUCCGCACAAGACGAUGAAUUAGCUGCGGCGCGCGCGGCCGUCGCGUCCGUCGACGCCUACGUCGCGAGCUGCAAGGCCGCGAAGGAGAAAUAUGGGUACAGUUUGGACGGGGACAUCUCGGUCGUGCGGCCGUGGCUCGCGAUUGGCGGCCGGCCCGACGCAACGCUGCUGGAGUGGCGGCAUGACAACAAGAGGCGCAUCACGCACGUCGUGAACGCCCUCGAGCGCGACGAGGAGCCCGAAGUGACAGAAGCGUACGGAGACAAUAUUCUCAAACUGAACCUCAAGGACGACGGCGACGAUGCGCGCUUCGCCGCGUUAGUGCCGGAGGUCGUGGCCUUCGUCCGGCGGGCGCGCGCGGCGGAUCCGAACGCGGUCGUCUACGUCCACUGCAAGAGCGGCGUGAACCGUGCGCCCUCGCUCGCGAUGGCGCUGCUCAUAUCGCUGGAUAGGGCGACCUUCGUCGAGGCGCUGGCCGCCGUGCGCGCGGCGCGGCCGUCGUGCCGGCCGAAGUACGUCCAGGCCGUCGCGGUCUACGAGGAGCGGGAGCUCGGGCGGUCGACGGCGCCGGCGCUGCGCGACGGCGUCGACUCGGCCGGCUUCUGCGACCUCUACUACGGGCUCAAGGAGGACUACAGCGGCGGCGACGCGGCCGGGGAGCGGUGGCGGAGCGAUCAUCAUCACGCGAAGUAA